ACAGAGGAGAAGACCGGGCCGCACGCCGCCGAAGCGUAGAAGGCAGUGGCCGAUGGCUGCCAAGGCGCCAGUUCUCAGUGCAGCUGUAACCUACUCAGGCCAUUGAGUGCCAGUCCACUCGAUGCUACCCACGCUUCGCCCAGCACUGCGAGCCCCCCUGCGCUGGAGCCGCCCAGCUGCCCGGGUGUUGCUUCGCAGCUGCUCGAGCUCCACGCCGCACCGCUUCCAUGCCUCGGUGAAGCUCUCCUCAGCACCAGACGCACAGCUCGACACCACAGAUGCAGCUGUUGCGCCGCCCACACCCGCGCUUGACCACCGCACGCUCGCAGCGACACACAACCUGUUCAUAACAUCUCCCUACAGCCCGGGCUCGCCACUUAUCCUCCCCAAUGGCGCAUACGUUUUCCAGAAACUGCAGGCGUUCCUGCGCGCCCAGUACCCGCAGUUCGGCUUCCAAGAGGUCAUCACGCCUAUAAUAUACAAGAAGUCGCUGUGGGAGAAGUCGGGCCACUGGCAGAACUAUGCAGAGGACAUGUUCAGUGUGGAGGGCAGGGACAAGAAGGGCGAGGAGGAGGAGGAAAUGGGGCUGAAGCCAAUGAACUGCCCCGGCCAUUGUCUGCUAUUCAGCACCGACAUUAAGAGCUACCGCGACCUGCCCGUCCGCCUCGCAGAUUUCAGCGCCCUGCAUCGAAACGAGAUAUCGGGAUCAUUGACCGGCCUGACGAGAGUGCGAAGGUUCCACCAAGACGAUGCGCACAUCUUCUGCCGACCAGACCAGAUCCUAGCCGAGAUCGAACAGACGCUGAAAUUCGUCGGCAUGGUGUAUGAGACAUUCGGUCUAGGUCCUUACAAGCUUCUUCUGUCCACACGGCCAAAGGACAGCUUUAUCGGCAGCAUCGAGGAGUGGGACCGGGCUGAGGCGCAGCUAACCACCGCCUUGAACAACAUCGGGGGUGAUUGGGCCAUCAAUGAAGGCGAUGGCGCAUUUUACGGGCCCAAGAUUGACAUCAUCCUGAAAGACUCGAACGGCAAGGAGCAUCAGACGGCGACCAUACAGCUCGACUUUCAGCUGCCGCAGCGCUUCGACUUGCAAUAUCAGGCGUCGCCAGAUGAGUUGGACGCCGGCUCAACUUCAUCAAUGGAUGCCGGCCUUGACCCAAAUUAUCGUCGUCCGGUUAUUGUCCACCGCGCUAUCUAUGGAUCCAUCGAACGCUUCAUGGCUCUGCUCAUCGAGCACUAUGCAGGCAAAUAUCCGUUCUGGCUAUCCCCACGACCAGCCAUUAUUCUGUCGCUCAAUUCCGAGCCCGCUGUGCUGGACCACGUCUCGCGCAUCCAGUCCGUCCUCUCCGGCGUCCAGUCUCACGAAACCCCGACGCCCAGUCCGUCAUCGGCGCCUAAGCCACUGCCGCUCUCAAAUAUCCACUUGCCGAUCGAUGUUGACACUACCAAUCGGCCACUCGGCAAAAAAAUUGCCGAUGCUCGCUCCAAGAAGUAUAACCAUAUCAUCGUAGUCGGCAAGCGUGAUGUUGAGCAUGGUGGCAUGAACAUGCAAGUCGUAAACCAGCCUGCCGAAGAAUCGGCCAUACGGGUGUUGGAGGAAGCUCUUGGUCGAAAGCUCACAGACGCAGACCGUCUGAAGAAGCAAGCCAGUAUCAGUCUGAAGGGCGCCAGACGAUACUUUGAAAGUCUCGUCACGUCUUAUUUGUAGGAUGUCUAAGCUGUAUUUUAUGUCGAAAACGAUCCGUCUAUAAUCAUGUAUCAUAGUGUUAAAACUGGGCAUCGUUACUUCAUAUGACGCCUAUCAAAUCUCAACACUCAGGGCUUCCCCAUGUGUCAACAUACAUGUCACAAUGAAAUGGGAAGCCGUAAAAUACAGCAUCUGACGUUGC